ACACACCCAGCUCCCCUGCGGUGGUGGAUAUGACCUCUCGGCUCUGUGGCGUGGUGGACCUGCAGUGACAGUUGGGAGGAACCGGUUCUUGGUCCAGUCCGAUGAGUAAAAAGAUGAAGUGACUCCACGAGAAUCCAAACUCCGGCGGCUCCGCGGCUUUUGAUGUUUCCAUCGAACAAAACACAAAAACAAAGAUGUCGGUGAAGCUGCGAUUCGACUCUCCCUCGGACGGAGGUGUGGUGCACAGGAGCCGCUCCUUCACCGGCUUCAGCUCUCUGAACACACGGCGGCGUCCGUCCUCUGCACGAAACUCUCUCCGCUCCAAGGCCACGUCGGGGGGGAGGUCUCGGCCGCACCUGUCUCCCAGCAGAGCGGGGGGGGGGAUCUGGUCUCUGCUGCCGGACCAGGUCGACAGGGUCUUCCAGGCGCUGCGCAGAGGACUCAAGGAGUAUCUGGAGGGUCACCAGGCGGAGAUGGACUUCCUGUCGUCCCAGCAGAGAGAGACCAAGAGAAACUCCAGACUGGCGUUUUUCUACGAUCUGGAAAAGGAGCUCCGAGCGCUGGAGAGACACAUCCGUCGACUGGAAUUUCAGAUCAGCAAGGUGGAGGAGCUGUAUGAGACGUACUGUAUCCAGUGGAGAUUGUGUCAGGGAGCCGUCAACAUGAAGAGAGCUUUCUCUCUGUCCCCGUCCACCAGGGCGUCCAGAGACAGUCUGCUGGAGCUGAGCCGCAACCACAGACACAGCCUGCAGGACAUGUCAGUGAUGGAGGGAGAGUUGGAAAUCCUCCUGGGAGAGCUACACAUCAAAAUGAAAGGUCUGAUCGGAUUCGCUCGACUUUGCCCUGGAGACCAGUACGAGGUGGUAGUGCGGUUGGGCCGCCAGCGAUGGAGGAUCCGAGGGAGGAUCGAGUCCGACGACACGCAGUCCUGGGAUGAAGAGGAGAUGGUCUUCCUCCCGCACAUACACCACAACUUCGAGAUCAAGGUGACGGAGGCGAAGGGUUUGGGUUGGCUGCUGGUCGGCAUGGUGACGUGUGCGAGCGCAGACUUCUUCGUGGCGCGGCCGCAGCUGAUGUUGGUCGACAUCACAGAGCUGGGAACCAUCAAACUGCAGCUGGAGGUCACAUGGAAUCCGUUCGACAGCGUGGAGAAGAUGAGGCCUCUGUCCGUCAGCAGACAGUCGGUGUCCAGCAGGAAGAGUUCCGUUUACAGCUGGACGGCUCCGAGUACUCCGUCCUUCACCGAGAAGUACUUCAUUUCGAUGGUGCGUGAGCUGCAGCAUGGAGAAGGUUCCCUCCCGUCCCUCGUGUCCAGGACUCGUCACCACAGAGGAGACGUGUCCCUGCUCAGCUACCUGUCUGACCCGGUCCACAGCCCGACCAGCGCCUACACCCCGAGUCUGACUCGGGCUCACAGUUACAUCUCCAGCCCGAGUCAGGGCCCCAGUCGGGGGGGAAGCCAGACCCAGCUCUCCCUCGGGGAGGAGGAGGGAUCCCUGGAGGACUCCACGGAGGAGAGGGAGGGGAGGAAGAGGAUGGAUGAGAGGGAGGAAGAGGAAGAGGAGGAUGAGGAGGAAUGGGGAGGAGAGAUGGAGACGUCUUCGACACCAGUGGAGAGUAAAACAGGAUCUCUGCAGCGGUCCAGCACUCCUGACAUCCUCAGACAGAACCCGGCUGGAGGAGCAGAGACUCCCAGUGCAGCUCUGAGGCAAAACCCGGUCAGUGAGCAGGCGACCCCAGGUUCUGAGUCCUGCUCCCCCCCGGCCUCACCCGCUCUCCCGAUCCAGCCCCCAGCGGCAGCACCGACGUCGAUUGUGACGACGGCUCCGACGCCGGGGGGGUCGAGUGCGAGCGGGGCCCAGCGCAGGGCCCAGGCCCUCAGGCUGGGCGCCGUGAUCGCUGAGCUGGAGAAAACGUUACAGAACCAGAGUCUGUCGGAGAAAGAGCUGAGAGCGCUGGAGCACCAGAUCCUGCACCUGGCGACCAUCCUGAAGAACGACCUCUCCCUGCUGAGAAGCUCGUCCUCUGAGGAGACGCUGGCCCUCGAGGAAGUCCUGGGCAGCUUUGACUUCCUGUCACAUGACUUCAAUGCAGAUGAUGACACUUCCUGUCGGGGCAGCCUGAGGCUCAAAGACAGCGGCAUCAGCUCCUUCCAGCAGAGCAAGCUGAGGAGGCGCGGCCUCCUCUCCCACCACAGCCAAUCAGCUUCUGAGGAAGAGCUGGUUAUUGCCCCACUGACUUCUGGGAACUGGGGUCUUGACCAAGCUCUGGAGACUCACCUGGAGAUUUGCCUCAUCCUGCUACAGCUGUCGAGAGCGACUGACUUCAGCCUGUCGAGGACGGACCUGCUGGAGGAGGCGUGUCUUCAGGCCGACGUCCUGGACCGAGUCAGCGCUCUGCUGCUGGAGAGGAGCGACCACCUCUCUGCUCGGGACGUCCUGCCUACGGCCCAGAGAAGGAGGGAUGUGUUGUUGUUCUGGGAGGAUUGUGUGAACGACAGCGGCUCUCUGUUCUGCUGCGACUCCAACAGCUUCAUCAGGACGCUGAAGAGACGCUACACGCACAAGGUGAAGGCCAAGCAGCCCGGCCAAUCAGAGAAAGUGUUCUCUCAGCUGCUGCAGCAGGUGCAGGCGUCCUGUCGCACGCUGCCCGGCCCCCGGUCGCUCUGCACCCCCCACAGGGUCACCGUCUUCCAGCUGUCGGUGUACCUGCAGCGCUGGAGCGUCCAGGAGCUGGGGGAGCACAUCUCCCGCCUCUCCAAGGAAGAGUACUUCCUGUCGGCCCUGAGGAGCCCCAAACGGCGGCGAGCUUUAAACAAACUGAAGGGGCGGGGCAUCGCAGAGCUCCUCCCACUGGGGUGCACCCUGCAGACCCUCGCCGCCCUGCAGGUCGACCCCAACCACAAAGUCUGCAAGGCUGCUGCCAGCUGCCUCUGCAGAGCCGCAGGCUGCAAGGCCUUCAGGAGCAAGGCGCUGGUUUACUACACAGAGAGUUUGAAAAGCACUGAGGUUCAAAUCCAACACUGCUCCUGUCUGGCUCUGAAAUGCCUCAGGGCGACAGAGUGUGUGGACCACAUAGCAGAUUUGUGGAGAUCAGCGGAUGAGGAUCUCCGCGGCGCUGCCAGACAGACCGUCCUCUCUUUCGGUAAGAAAGGCUUCUCGGCCUUCCAGAGGAUGGAGCAGCUGUACACGGAGAUGCAGGAGGAGGCUUUUCAGAACCAAGAGACGGAGAUCACGAUUCUAUAGGAAACUGCUUUUAUUUUAAAAACAAAAGAUGAAUCAUGAAGAAUCUCAACGGUCCUGAGUUUCAGGACGAGAGACGAGACGUCGAUGACACUGCACUGAAGGACAAAGCCUCUUAUUUUGAAAAACUUUCAUAAUAAAGGUCACGUGAGCAGAGGAAGAGCUGAUGAUGGACAGAUCGACAGAAAAGUUGCUUUUACUGGGACUUGAUUUCAGUCAAAUAUGAAAAAUUAUGUUCAAAAAUAAAAGAUGUUCUGUUGU